CAUAGCUUGCCGUACAGUCCAAACAAUAAUGGCGGCCUCCUCGGAUGUACACGUCCGAAUUUGCGGGCAAGAAAUAAUUAAAUACGAUUUGGAAAUCAAAGCUUUAAUUCAGGAUAUCCGAGAAUGCCCAGGUCCUCAAAGCGAGCUGAUGGAUUUAAACUCAAAGGUUAAAGAGAAAUUUUGUCAACUCCGUCUGCGGAUUCAGAAUCUAGACCAGAUGGCGAAGGAGCAGGAUAAGGAGACGGACAGGCUGGCCAUCCUGAGCGAGAUGGAGAGCCAUCGGAAACAGAUGCUGAGUAACCAGACAGCAUGGAGGAAAGCCAACCUGGCCUGUAAGCUGUCCAUAGACCGAGUGGAGAAGGACGAGCUCCUCAUGGGUGGAGACGGCUCAGUGAGACAGAGAAAAACAACCAAGGAAAGCCUGGCGCAGACCUCCGGUGACAUCACAGAGAGUCUGAUGAGCAUCAGCAGGAUGAUGUCACAGCAGGUUCAGCAGAGCGAGGAGACCAUCGGCACUCUGGCCACGUCCUCCAGGACCGUGCUGGAGACCAACGAGGAGUUCAAGGCCAUGACGGGCACCAUCCACCUGGGCCGGAGGCUCAUCACCAAGUACAACCGGCGGGAGCUGACGGACAAGCUGCUCAUCUUCCUGGCCCUGGCCCUGUUCCUCUCCACUGUGCUGUACAUCCUGAAAAAGAGACUCUUCCCCUUCCUGUAGAGCCCCUGCCCCACCUGUUUGGCCUCCUGGCCCUGGGCCUGUUACUCUCCACGUGCUGUACAUCCUGAAGAAAAGACUCUUCCCCUUCAAGUAGAGUAAUCAUUUAACAGGAAAGAUCAACACCUUGCCCAUCAGGUGAUUCCUUCUCUUAUCUUCGGCCUCUGAGAUGGGACGAGAAUUUCACAUCGGGGACGUUUCGUCAGUGAUAUCAACAAGCCUAAAGCCAAACGGCUCUCAGAAAUCUACCAAAGAAGCUAAAAAAAUAUAUACUUCAAAAGUAGGGCUACAUGUCUUCAUCAUAUUAGAUAUUAAGGCUUUUAUUCACAGAUAGCCUUGUGGUUUAAAACAAAAUAUGUGUGUUUAAGGAUAUGAAUGCAAUGGGUGCUGGGUGGCACUGUUGUAGUGUGUGGAUGGACCCCGUGGUCUGGUAUUAAGUCUGGGCGGCGCGAGUGCCAAUCAUGGCCUGAAGCCUUGCUGAGAAAGGCGACUGAUGCUAGCCACACCCAGGGAACAGAGGCUCUCACAGUGACCCCUGCUGGUCGAUUGGGAAGUCCACUUGUUGAUUUGCAGGCGGAGCGUCUGACUCCAGCUCUGGAGCCAAACUUGGUGUGAUAAGACAUGGUCUUUUCCACAUCUCAGACGUGGUGCCUGAUCACGGUCUCCUGAACCAAUAGCUGAGCUUGCUGAUUAAUACAGUUGGGAGUUUGGAGAAAAUGGGCGAAACUACAAUUGCAGACUGAGUCUUAUCGCUUAUUCAUCUGUAAUUUUGACCUUUAUCUAUCAUUAACCUGAUUUGUCUUAAGGGUCUUCCCAGGACACUAUAGCCCCUAUGAGAAGGUAACUUCUUGUAAUUGGCCAGUCACGCAGAAAGAAAAUGCCGUAUGAGACUUUAACAGCACCCUGACUGUCUGUGAACAGAAUGUACUUGAACAGAAUGUACAUCAGAAGCUGGCCACCUGUUUCGUCUCUGGACCGUUGUGUUUUAUGAUGCUUUUUGUUUGCCCCCCUUUAUUCUGUCCACGUGUCUUCUCAGUAAAAGAGACAUCGGUUUUACGUGCUCUUUCUCAAUGGGAGUAAAUGUUAAAUGGGAUUUUGAAGACGCUGAAAUUCUGCAAAAACAAUUUUACGGUGCGUUUCCUAAACUUUUGAUUACUGAAAUUACUGAGUCCAACCCCACCCCCGAAAUAUUCUUUUGACAAUUUACAAAGGUUGUGAUGACUGCGCUAAUAUUUGAGAGGAUAGACAAAACAAUAUAUAAAUAAAUAACCCUUGCUUAAAUGUGUUACCCUGGGUGGGCGGAAGCAACAUGGCGGUUUGAUCUAAUCUAGGCCUCUGUUUGUUUGGCAGUGAUCCAGACUGUCAGACGGGAAGAGUAUAACGGGAUCUUGUGCGCAUCAGAUAGCUGUCUGACCUCGGUGUCUGAGCUACUUGCUGCCGUUCUGUGCUCAAACCGUAAUUACAUUCUGCCACUGGAGGCUGCCACUAUAUUCUACGCCAAUACUAAUUCGUCUAAAUGUUCUGAUGAAUCAGAGUGGAGGCGCACAGUACCGUUCAAUUUGGUUUUAUUCAUAUGUGCGUCACCCAAUUUCAUGCUAAUGAUGUUUGACGCUGUCGCCUGAUAAUUGCAAUGACUGACUUCUCUACCUCUAGUUUUUUUGUUGUUGUUUUUAAACUGGGUGAGUAGUAUACCACACUACGAGUGUGUGUUCUUGGCUGUGCCCAGCUAUUCGCUGAAAGUAUUUUUUGGGGGAAGACUAGUGGUCUAAAUGCCUCUCUAACGGUCCUUUAAAAUUUUCUGGCUUUCCACUGAUUGAUGCGGCCAGGAGACAGAUGGCACUAAAAGGCCGUUAGACCACGUCAAUUUUCACCGUGCUAAAGAGGACUGAUCUUCGCGUUCCUUACUCCGUGUUCCGGUUAAUUGUAAAUGCUAUUUUAAGGCACUAUUGAAUCAAUGGCAAUUGCAUUACCUAAAAAAAUACACCUCGUCAUUUCAGGAUGUGCUUCAGAGCAUAACUGCUAAAAACUGCAGUGUCAUAUACUUCGGUGCGUGGCCUAUAUCCAGAACGAACAAAACUGACGGUGGCUGAAGAACUGUGACAUCUGAAUUUGGGACAGUAGAUGCCGGCUUUGUAACCUAUAGCAAAUUGUCGAACUUAAUAACGUGUCAUUUGUAUUUGCUUUCUGCACAUUUACGUUGUAUUCACGAAUUACAAUGUAUUUGCAUAAUUUAGACCUUCCAGUGCCUUAUGUGGUUAUAUUAUGGAAAUUGUGUAGCGCCAUAUUAACCAUAUGUGGGCUGCCUGCAAAGCGAUGUUAUCAGUUGUCUUAACUGUCUUAAGGAGUGUAAUUUGUCAGUAAUUGUUUUCCUGUAGCAGGAUUGUGUGAAUGUUAAAUACAUGUACAUGAACAUAGUAAAACGUAUUGAUUCCAA